CCAUCAUCAUCCUCUUCCUCUCCGCCUCCCCCUCCCCCUCAACCAAAUCAAACCCCUCUUCUCUCAACAAACCAAACACAACCCACAAUUUUUUUUCAAGCGACUAUCACAAAUGACUCGCUUAUUUCGAUCCAAAUCGUGCGGACACGUCAGAGUUCCGGAAUUUAAGCCGCCGCCUCCGCCGCCGAGCUCUUAUUAUGAUAGUGACGAUGAGGAGGAGGAAGAAGAAGAAGACGAGGAGGAGGAGGAAGAAGAGGACGAUUACUAUGGAGAUGGGGUAAAUGAAAAUGGGUAUGCCUUGGUUUUGACGAAUUCGGUCUCUGAUAGUGAUGAGGACAAGCAGGAGGGAGCUACGCCGCAUAGUAAUAAUGGGAGUCAGUUUCCGAUUCUUGACAUUUUGGUGACGGCACUGCGGAAAUCCUUGGUUUGCAGUGUGGAAACGGAUGAAGUUUGUUCCAUGGAUAUUAGCUCGCCGGUGAAUGUGAGGCAUGUUUCUCAUGUUACGUUCGAUAGGUUCAAUGGGUUUCUGGGUUUGCCUUCAGAAUUCGAGCCUGAGGUGCCAACCAGAGUGCCUAGCGCCAGUGCUAGCGUAUACGGAGUUUCUGCGAACUCAAUGCAGUGUUCUUUUGAUGAUAGAGGAAAUAGUGUGCCAACAAUCCUUCUUAUGAUGCAAAAACGGCUGUAUUCAGAGGGAGGUCUAAAGGCAGAAGGAAUAUUUCGAAUAAAUGCUGAGAAUAGUCAGGAAGAGUUUGUUCGAACUCAACUAAACAGUGGCGUAGUGCCACGAGGCAUCGAUGUUCACUGUUUAGCAGGCUUGAUCAAGGCAUGGCUUAGAGAGCUCCCUACAGGGGUGCUUGAUACACUAACCCCAGAACAAGUGAUGCAUUGCAACACAGAGGAAGACUGCACUCAACUUGUUAAGCUACUCCCUCCCAUGGAAGCUGCUAUCCUUGACUGGGCUAUCAAUUUGAUGGCAGAUGUUGUGCAACAGGAGACACACAACAAGAUGAAUGCACGCAACAUUGCUAUGGUUUUUGCACCAAACAUGACUCAGAUGGCUGAUCCUUUGACUGCACUAAUUCAUGCUGUACAAGUAAUGAAUUUGUUGAAGACCCUUAUUCUUAAGAUCCUCCAAGAAAGGGAAGAAUCAGAAGGCAAGCAGCCGUCUUCUUGCUUGGAUACUCCUAACCCCGAGAUCAAUAGGACGUCUUCAAACUCAACCAGUGGCAAAUCCACGGAGCAACCGCCAAAUUCGGUUGCGAACGCUGCAAGUUUCAAUAGAGUUGACUACAGUUCUGGAGGGAAAUUCGAAAGCUUUGAAGAGAAAGACGAAGAAGAAGAAGAAGAAGAAGAAGAAGAAGAAGAAGAAGAAGAAGAAGAAGAACAAUACCAUUCGGCCUCUGGAAGAAGUACUCCGAUUCGAUACGGAGUCGGGGGAUUACAAAGCGGGUGCAGAGAAGGAGGAUAUGAAACAAGUGAGUGGCUAAGCCUGAGAAAAGGGGUGAGGAAGCUAUGCAGGCACCCUGUGUUUCAGCUGAGCAAGUCGAGCAAGAAGAGUAGAAGUUUUGGAGUUGUAAGUUGUAAGUAUUAGGAAAUGAGGAAGAAAGUGAGUGGAUUGCUUGCUUGUGCUUGUAGUGGGGUUUGUGUAAACAAACAGAGUUGUAAUAAUACACAGAUGCGAGUGUUUGAUUAUAAUAUAACCCUUCCCAACUUCAUUCA